CAGCUGAUCAGUCACGUGGUCUGGUGUCGUGGGUCACCGCUUUGCAAAAUGGAGUUGUCUGAGUCUGUGCAGAGAGGGCUACGCUCCCUAGCCGACCCGUCCGCCUUCGGCCAGAGCAGCUUUCAGGUGCUGGUGGACGUGUCUUUCCGGAGCCUGCUCUCUUCCCGAGGGGACCCCGCAGUCCUCGAUCAGCCCGAGCUGAAGCAGCUCGACCAGAUCCUGCUCAAACAGAGUCACACUGCAGCCACCACCUUCAUACUGGAGGCAGUCAAACAAAACGCAGACAAGUCGACGAUAAGCUCCUGCCUGGAAGAACUCACAUUCAGUGCAGAGAGAAUAGAAAUAUUCUACAGCUCCUAUCAGACACAUAAAAAAGAACUGGAGCGUCUAUUAGCCAGGGCUCUCCACCCCAAACAGAGGGCCGUGCUGUCGGCAGCCUGGCGGUCCAGAUUGUCGUUCCUUCCCCUCAACAUGCAUCGGACGACCAGGAUAAAGAUCACCGAGCUCAACCCUCACCUCAUGUGCGUCCUGUGUGGAGGAUAUUUCAUAGACGCGACGACCAUCAUCGAAUGUCUCCACUCAUUUUGCAAGAUGUGCAUUGUGCGCUACCUGGAAACCAGCAAAUACUGUCCCAUCUGUGAUGUACAAGUGCAUAAAACCAAGCCCCUGCUAAACAUUAGGUCUGACAAAACUCUCCAGGACAUUGUGUACAAGCUGGUGCCCGGCCUCUUCAAAAAUGAAAUGAAGAGGAGGAGAGACUUUUAUGCAGAGCACCCGGUAGAUGCCUCUAAUGGAUCCAAUGAGGAUCGUGGGGAGGUGGCAGACGAGGACAAGAGAAUUAUCACAGAUGACGAGAUCAUCAGCCUCUCUAUCGAGUUCUUUGAUCAGAACAGACUGGGAGGUGGAGUCCCCGACAAGCCCUCUAAAGAUCAGGUGGCCAACAAGAGGUACCUGCAGUGUCCGGCAGCCAUGACAGUAAUGCAUCUGAGGAAGUUUCUGCGCAGCAAAAUGGACAUCCCGAGCACCUACCAGGUUGAAGUCAUGUACGAGGACGAACCUCUGAAAGAUUACUACACGUUAAUGGAUAUAGCAUAUAUCUACACUUGGAGAAGAAAUGGCCCGUUGCCGCUGAAGUACAGAGUCCGACCCAACUGUAAGAAGAUGAAAGUGAGCCACGCGCAGCAGGAAGGCCAGAACAGCGCGAGCAGAUCCGGUCCCGAGAGCGAUUCCGCGAGCGACAAAGCCGGAAGUCCCGCCGGGGCUCCGUCCACGUCCUCGUCGCUGCCGAGCCCCGGCACGCCUGCGCAGUCCCCGCACCCGCAGCUCCCCCACGGCCCCAAUAACGUGAACGGGACGCCGACCGCAGCCCCCCCGACCCCCAGUCGGCCCUUCACUCAGUUCGGCAGCGGCAGCGGCGGCGGCAGCAAGCCCCGGAAGGUCUCCCUGAACGGUUCGUCGACUUCCUCCGGAUGACGCGGGGAUCCGAACCGAACCGAACCGGACCAGCCAACGCCAGACACUCGCUCAGCUAAUACUGUUUUCAUGCCAACGUAGUUCCAUUGUGUAGACAAUGUUAUCUCUCUUUCUCUCUCCAUUUGUUGUUCUGAAUAUUAUGGCAUCAUAUGUAAGUUUAAACGUAGUGGGAUCAGAGACAUUUCAAAAUAAAAGGAAUGAGGAUGAGUUGGGUGGCGCGGGGUUUUUUUCUUUUCUUUUUUUUCCAAACAAGAAAGCAGGUUUUGAUGUGGACAAAGAAAGAACGCUGGUGAGGAAACGGACGAGCAUUUAUCCCCCUUUUAAAGCUACAUCUUUAUUUUACAGGCGUGACUGAUAGACUUUUAUAUUUUCUUUUUCAAAUGAAACGUGUUCAUCAUGAUUCGCUCAUGUGUGUUGGGAUAUUUUGAAGCUGUCAGUUUAAACAUGCAUGCUCAUGAUAACACUGUUGGGUUUUUUUAUUUUUUACUUUAUUUUAUUUUUUGGUUUUUGUUUUAUGAAAGAGGACCCUGCGUGUGUCUCAGUCUGACGGGUUUUUGAAAGUGUUUCAAGCGUCGGUUUUUGUUCCGACGGAAGGAAAAAUAAGAGUGUAGCGCUGCCGGCUUCACGGAAAAAUUGCCUCUGGAGGAAAAAAAAAACAAACUUUGAAUUGCCUUUUACUGGGGAGGGGGGGAACAGUU